ACAUAACUUCUACAUCUCAUUAGAAUUAAAAUAUAAAAGUAGCACUGUCAUGUUUGUACCCUAAUUGUAAAUAUCAGUAGUCACCUCCUAGAGGUACGACUUUACUUUGACAUUGACAUUAACAGAAUAUGCAUAUGCAUGUUUAAAUGUAGAGUUGUGUAAUACGUUUAUCUGCAAGCCUCGAUACUUUUCGUUCACCACGGAGAAAGUUAUUUUCUUGUUUAACUUGUCAUUCGCAAAGGAUAUACAGUUUUGAAAUAGUUUUGAAGGGAGCAUACAGAAUUACAGAUAAUGGAUUAGAUAGAAAGUUUUUGUGGUAGUUUACAUUAAUGCACUAUCUUUACGUUCAGACAUGCUGAAUAUUAAGAUGCUAUUUGAGUAAAUAGACAAAUAUUUAAAAAUAAGCUUUUUAAAAUUAGGUAAUGAGACAGUUACUUCACUUUUAAUACAAAAAUAUACCUAUGGUCUGCAAUCGUAUUUACAAUUGAAAACGAAACAGAAGGAAUUAUUCGUUCUGUUGUCAAUAUAGAUAAUUAUUUUUAUUUACAUUAAAUGGAAAUGUUAAAUUUUAAGACAUCAUGAAUUGCAGAAAAGCACUUUUGAACAAGUUUUCUUCAAUGACCCACCGUUGCGAGAAAUUUGACAAUAAUUUAUUGUGCGUUAAAGAUAUCACUUGCCCCGUUACUUCAUUACAUAUCUAGACAGUGACAUGGAUAUUCAGAACAAGCUAUGCAUUCGACGGUAAAAGAUGUGAAAAUUCUUCAGAGUUAAGAUACUUGGCAUUCAGAUCACAAACUAUGUGCCAUGCAAGUAGUAAAUAACGUAACCAAAUAUUAAAAAAAGAUGCACACCUCAAAUGCGAAAACAGGACGCAGUUUUCAACGUUUUGAAUGCAUUAAUGAAAUGAAAGAAACAGAAAUAGGACUGUUAAAGCAUAAACAACAAAGUGGUGAAUAUCUAAAACAUAACAUCCAAACUGUCUCAAAAAUAAUUAAAACGAAAUUAUGUUCCGUGUCUGAAGACGCUGUGGCCGGAGACAAGUAUUAUGUGGAUAUAAAGAAUGUGUCAUCAAAAAAAUCAGCCAGAAUGAAGUUAGAUGAUGAUAAAUUUAAACAAAAUAGUGAAUUUCUUGAAAGUAAUGAGGACAAUAAGGAAAACGAAGGGGCAAGUUGUGUCUGCGAGUGCCAUUGCAGACGGAAUUUUCAAAGACAUGGACUUACAAAGAAAUCUAAAUUGAAAUCCACACAGUAUAACAGAAGUUAUAGUGACGAUAAGUUACUUCAUCAUACACAACGAAACACCACACUUGGAGUAAUAAAAGUCAAAGAAUCAGAACAGACGUCGACGCUUUUUAAAACUCGCUUGAAAAGUGAAAAUUCUUCCGAGAGGUUGAGUGUUGGAUUCGGUGAAAGUCAUAAACGGUACAUUAACUUGGUGUGUCUACGAGUACGGAGUAGCAUGGCAAAAAUCUUAUGUCACUGUGUUAUAUUAUUAUUAUUGUGUUUAUGUGGAGUUGUUAUGGUGCAUCAAAAUAUCGGAAAGACGGACAACAAAUUGAUUCACAGCGAGCAUACUGAAGGGUAUAAAUACAAACAAGACAAUGUUAUCACUACGCCAGAAUCUUCAAUAAUAAGGGAUCUCCCGUUCAGAAGUGUUUCAAAAGACGAUUUCGAAAAACAUUUAGCUAAUUCAAAGAGUGCAGCUGAAAUGUUGAAAAUUUUCUUCAGUGAUCCCGAUUUAACUGAAGAACAGGUGAAUUCCAUUAUGUAUAUGAAGAAGCAUCAGAAGUAUUACGGGUCGAAAAGUAUGGGUACGAAUCGUAUGAUGAGGGAAGAGGAAUACGAUAGAAACUACAGAGAGAUUGCCUACCAGCAUUAUCUAGAAUUUGAGAGAAGUCCAUACGCAGACUGCAGUGUACCUAAACCGGAAAUAGUGCGUAUAGAAGACACAUAUUCGGAUUCCGUCCGCCAUUAUCUUCCUUCAUGUACAGUUGUCAACCGCUGCAGUAACUCCACUGCGUGUUGCCCACGUGGUUAUGUUUGUGGACCAAAAAGAGAUAAUGGAAUAGAGUUGAUAGACAAAUUUUUUAUGGUGCUUGAAAGGGUUCCUGGUACAGACGACCUUCGUCCAGCCAAAGAUUUAGUUGCUGCCAAAACAAUAAUAAAUCAUACGGCAUGUGAAUGCCAAAAAGUAGACGUUACUACAAAUUGCCGUAAGGAAUGUCCUUUACAGUUUACCAAAAGACGCCCCGGAGCAGAUUGUGAAUGUAUAUGUGCGUCUGGACAUAGAAAAUGCCAUAAAAUACACAAAGGUUUACUACCUUUAGAUGAGAAAGACUUAGAAUGUAUUAAAGAAGACAGGUGUAUAGUGCCAAAAUGUCAGGCUGGAACAUUCAGUAUCUCUACCGGAUUUUGCCCUCACUUUCGGCGACAUCGAGGCUGAGAAGGAUAGAUAUCAGUUUUAAUUAGGGAAGAAACCAAAAUCAGGAGACGAGGUGUCAUGUGAUAUUCUCAUAAACUUUGAUAUUAAUAUGUCUGACUAUUGUCCAGUUGUUACAUCAAGUUUUUAUUCAAUACAGUAACACCAGGAAGUCUAGUAUCGGUCUGAAUUGCUUUGUACUUUUUGUAGCGAAAUGAGUCUAUCAACUCGUAAAAGCCGCAGUAUCAUGAAAUUCCUUUCAGUCGUUACAGAAAGUACAGGGGGCCUCCGUGCCCGAUGGUUAAGGUUGCUGGCUUCAAAUCACUUACCCCUCACCGAUGUCGGUUCGAGCAUCACUUGGGGCGUUGAAUUCUUCAUGUGAGGAAGUCAUCCAACUGGCUUACGGAAGGUCGGUGGUUCUACCCAGGUGCUCGCCCAUGAUGAAAUAAUGCACAGAGGGAUACCUGUGGUCUUCCUUCACCAUCAAAGCUGUUAAGUCGCUAUAUAACAAUAAUUAUGUUGUGUUAACACCCCCCACUCCCGCCCCCACCACCACCAAAAAACAGAAAGUACAAAACAGAGGUAUCUGUCGACAUCAGACCGAUACUUUACUCGUCUUCCAACCAUACCUCGUGCUACCUGGUACAGCAGCAAUAGUCAAGUGAUACUUAAAUCGACAUUCAGUUACAGUCUCUUUAAACAACUUGUCAAUUUCUAUUUUCUGUUUUCUGCAAAUUUCUACGUACCGCGAAAAAAAAGUUGAAUAAAGUUUUUUUAUUCUUUGUGAAGAUGAUACACAUGUCUUCUCCUCCUCUGCUGCCCGAACAUGAUAAAUAUUUGAUACUUGUUAUACCUUGGUGCAUAGAGAAUUGUUACAAGUGCCUGAUACAUCUAACCUGAUUUUGAAGAAUUCUGUUGAUAAUUCUGGACAAUGCGACGGAAUUCGUGAUCUGACAGAUGUUCAUAAAGCCUACAAGGAGUAUCAAAAUGGCAAAUACUAAGGACACUUCAUAACAAUAUUUCAUGUAUAUCAAACAUGCGAGAGGUUAUUUUCUAACAUGUUGUAGACAAACGUUCAUAACUGUUUAAAGAGUAAGAAACAGUUCAAUGAUUCUCUGUCAGUUUCUUAAAAGGUUUAGCAACAUAUUCUGAAAUGAAGAAUAAUGAAGAAAAAGCAAUUGGACAUGAAACAGACAACAAAGUAUGGCUAUAUGUAGGCCAUUUUUAAGAAGCAGCCCAUGCGUUCUUCAGACUUUCAUGCAACCAUCAUUUCUCACGAAAGUAAUUCUAGAAAUGAUAGAAAGACUGAAUGUUUUUAUUUCAUAUCCUGAAUAUAUAUGUAUAUGUCACACAGGACAUCAAUACGAUUUUACUAUAGGCAUUACAUCAAUUACUUAGACAGGGAUAGUGGGUUUUACGUUUUCUCAAACUAACCACCGCGGGAAAACGCUUUUUAGCUCACCGCGGGAAAACGCUUUUUAGCUCUCCCGAGCACAAAGGUGAGCUAUUGUGAUCACUCACCGUUUGUCCGUCCGUCCACAUUUUUCUUCAAACGACAUCUCAUCUGAACCGUGUGGUUGAAGCUGAUGAAACUUGGCCAGGAUGUUCUUCCAAAUGUGUUCAAACCGUUCCGCCUGGUUGCACAACAGGGCCGCAUAAGCUAAAUAUAGGAAACAUCUUCAAACGACAUCUCCUCCUAAACCACCAGUCCGAUUAUGAAAUAAUUUCGCACCAAUUGUCCUUAUGUAACACUCUGCCCUCUUGUUCCGACAAAAAGACAUGGCCACCAGGGGCCGUAGUCACUUUUUCUUCUAUGGAGGGUUGAGCGCGAAACUGUUGUAUCUUAUUCUUUAUUUAUUUACAGUUACAACAGGUUCGCGCUCAGCCUGCGAUAUGUAUAUAAUGGAAACUUUAAAAUCGUCUUAUAUGAAACUGCUGGUCCGCUUUUAAAAUAAUUUCACACAAAUGGUACUUGUGUCUUUCUACCAAAAUUGUUCAUAUUAUUUUUAUUCAUAAAAAAACAUGGCCGCCAGAGAUCGUGGUCAUUUUUCCCUAUAUGUAUAUACUGGAAACUUUAAAAAUCUUCUUGUAUGAAACUACUUACCUGAUUUUAAAAUAAUUUCACACAAAUGGUCCUUGUUUCAACCUCUACCAAAAUUAUUCAAAUUACUUUGAUUCGCAAAAAAAAAAAACAUGGCCGCAAGGGGUGUGGUCACAUUUCUCCUAACUUUAAAAAUCUUGUAAGAAACAGCAGAUCCAAUUUUCAAACAAUUUUACAUAAAUGUUCCUAUCGUGACCAUGCAUGAAUACUGUUCAAAUUACUCUGAUUCGUCCAAAAAAAAAAAAAAACAUGACCGUCAAGGGGUGUGGUCACUUUUCCAUUUAUUCAUAAAGUGGAAACAUUAAAAAUCUCAUUGUCAGAAAUUGCCGGCCCGGUUUUGAAACAAGUUUACACAAGUGUUUCUUGGAUGACCCUUUACGUACAAAUUGUACAAAUUAUUAUGUUUCGUAAAAAAAAACAUGGCCGCCAGGGUGUGUGGUAACUUUAGCCUGUAUGUAUGUAGCAGAAACUUUAAAAAUCUUCUUCUUUGAUAUUGUCUCUUAUCAUCAUUCCCCCAACCUCUUAGAAACUUUUUACAAUAGCCUUGUCGGAAAACAGUGACACUAUUAUAAAAUAAUUCAGAGACAUUUUCCUUGAAUAACUAUCUACCAAAACUGUAAAAGUAAGCGGUGCAACUCGGGUGAGCUAACUAGGAACAUCAUGGCCCUCCUAUUUUCUCUUAAAAAGAUAUAGAAAUGCAUAUCCAGUUUUUUGUUUGUUUGAUUAGUUUAAACAGUAUUUAUUUUGCUCCUAAGGUCAGUAGUGCACAUUUUUUAUCAUUCUGAUGUACAAAGAAGUAUUUACAGAAGGUUCUGAAAAGAAGUCUUCGCCGAAAACUUCUAACAUUUCAUUAAUUUAUUGUUUGAUUAAAUGUGUAUUAUGUAUUUUAACUGAUUUUUUGUCUGGCACUCAGCGUGGAAGGUUAGCGGGUUUGUGCAAUAUCAGAAUUUGCAAACCGAAUUUGUCAUACAAUACUCUGAGCGAGAGACACACUGGUAUUGUGCGGAUCAAAUUAGCUCUUGGUUUUGUAUGGAUCAGACUUGUUUUAGGCUUAUUAUUGACCAUCACCUAUGUGAUCUAAAGAAUAUUAUUUGAGAUGCUUCUAAUAUACGACUAUGUGAUAGUUUCAAUUCCAAAAUGGAAAAAAUGAUUAGUUCCCAUUUAAAAUUUCAUUGAAUGAGCAGUAUAAAAUUAUUGGUGGUCAAAAUACAUUUGCAGACGUAAAAACGUACUUUAUUUCCAUUUUAAUUGUAUAAUUAUCACAUCUAAAUAAAUUCCAAAAACAGUGAAUCAGGAAAUGCCCUUAGAGCAAAGAUCCUUAGAACAAGGGAGAUAACUCCUAAACUUUAAGAAAUCAUUUAAGGAGGCAUAUACAGGCGAGGCAUAUACACGCAAUUAUUUAAGAGCUCAGUCUUCUAGCAGACAAUUUUUUUCGAUUCAGAAGUUGCCCUUAAUCAAAGUUGAUUCCAUAAAAAUGGUUUCAGUGUGUUUUUUUUUUCUUUGAAAUAUU